AUGGAGUUUGACGGUACCCUAAUGCAAUGUGACGGGGAUACCGGAGGGUUCCCUUAUCGAUCUUGCACAUGCACAUACGAUCCCCUUAACUGCGACUCGAAUGGAGUUUCUGCUGGUGCCAGUGGAUCCGCUAUCGCUGUUAGUGAAUCCUCUACCGGUGCUAGUGGAUCUUCUGCUACGUGUGGAUCCUCCAGUUCGAGUACCUCUCCUGAUACAGCAGCAUCUGGCAGUAACUGCUCAAACUCAUCCGACAUCCAAGUACUCCAAUACGCCUCAGCCAUCCAGGCCUACAGUUAUGUCUUCUACUCAUCCAUACCUUUGAACCAAACCUUUUUCUCCAAUGCCCCAAAUAGCUCCAAUGCAAACUACGCCAUCAACUUCCAGGGUAUGGAGCAACAAAACCGCCUAGGCGCACUUUUGCUCGAGGACUUCGGCUCCAAUUUUGAGGGGUUCCAGGCUCCUAAAUGCCGCUGGAAAGUAGUUAGCCCGUCAAAUGGUACGGCUUUCUUGGAAGACGCCCUUUAUAUAGAAACCACUGUGACGGGUGCUUUGCUCGGGUUGACUGGAUACACCCUGACAGCUGAAAUUGCGGAAAUCAUCAACUGGCUUGCUGUUCAGCAUGGUGCCCAUGCCGCAUAUAUUACAAGCUUCACCGAGGCUAUCGUCUUCCCGACGUCAAGAAAUCUUUCGUCACUCCCUCCAAUUCUUCCGCCUAAUUAUGUUCUCGGCACCAGAGAUGAGACCUUCAUGCUGGGCCAGCUCUUGGGAGGCUGUGUGACUGCACCAAAGGGUCCAUGUAGUUAA